GGUUGGUAUAGUGUAGUCUUGUACAGUUGCCCGUUGCCCGUCAUAUUUUCGUCCUUGUAGGUGUUGGUGUUGCAAUCUUAUAAUUAAAUAUGGUGUAGAUAAGAGUCGUGAUAUGACCCGUUUAGUGCUUUUGCUUGAAAUUUAAUGAUUUAGUAUACAAAUCUAGAGUAAAUAUGUUAUUUCUUGCACCAUCAAAGAUGCUGCGACGGAGCUUAAUUUUAUCGGUCAUCAUAACCUCUUGCUUUUGUGAUACUGGAACUACUGACAUAAAAAUUCAAGAUGCAAAAAAUAAUUCAAUAAGCAACCAUACUCAACCUGAUCCAAGUGACAGUGUCAAACAGAAAGAAGAUAAAUCAGACAUUAAAAGUGUUGAGAACAAGCCAUCAUCCAGUAAGCCCAACUAUGACAUUAUCAAAGUAUUAAACAAUGUAAUCGGUAGCCAAAAUCAGGAAAAUUUAAAGGAAAAUAAAAAACAAGGUGAUUUAUCUGUAGCUAAGGUUGAAACCAAGGCGUUUGUUAAUGGGACACAGAACAGUGAUGUUACACGGGAUUCUUUAGGAGGGCCAGAGCUUAAAAACAAUUCCAUGAAAUCACAGUUGCAACCAACAGAUGGCACCAAAAACAGCACCCAACCGAUGACCCUUACCUCAAGCCCCUUACCGUCUGUGGUAAUAAACGAUACCAGUAACGUAACAACCAGCACUGCAACACCAAAGGAGCCUAAUCUUCCAGAAAAAGGAUCAGCGGAGGCCGAACACAACAGCUCAAUGGCAAUUUUCUUCGUACUUUGUGUGCUUGCAUUGGGAAUUCUUCUAAUUCACCUGAUGCUGCUGACAAACUUUCAGUACCUACCUGAAAGUGUUGUUAUUAUAUUUCUUGGGGCUCUUAUAGGAUUCAUCAUCAACUUUUUCUCUGAUCAGAAUAUUGGCAAUUGGCGGAAAGAAGAAGCAUUUUCACCGACAGCCUUCUUUCUAGUUUUGCUUCCACCAAUAAUUUUUGAGUCUGGUUACAAUUUGCACAAAGGAAACUUUUUUCAAAACAUCGGUUCCAUUCUUGUGUUUGCAAUUGUAGGAACAACAAUUUCAGCUUUGGUGAUUGGGACAGGUAUUUACAUUCUUGGCCUAGCAGAUGUUGCAUAUCACUUGAGCUUUAUCGAAAGCUUUGCAUUCGGCUCAUUGAUAUCUGCAGUUGAUCCUGUUGCCACAGUUGCAAUAUUUCACGCACUUGAUAUUGAUCCGGUCCUAAACAUGUUAGUGUUUGGAGAAAGUAUACUGAACGAUGCCAUUGCUAUUGUCCUUACAACAUCAGUGUUGGAAUCAAACAAACCAGACAUGUCGCCCAUCGAAGCUGUGUUUUCUGCUUUCAACAGGUUCUGCCUAAUGUUUUUUGCCUCAGCUGGGAUCGGAGUCAUUUUUGCCCUUAUAAGUGCCCUUCUUUUAAAACAUGUUGAUUUAAGGAAGAAUCCGUCCCUUGAAUUUGGAAUGAUGUUGGUGUUUACAUACGCUCCGUAUGCCCUUGCAGAAGGAAUUCACUUGUCCGGAAUCAUGGCCAUACUGUUCUGCGGCAUUGUUAUGUCGCACUACACACACUUCAACCUGUCGACUGUGACGCAGAUUACGAUGCAGCAGACGAUGCGGACGUUGGCGUUCAUUGCUGAGACUUGUGUGUUUGCGUACCUCGGUCUGGCCAUCUUCAGUUUCCGUCACAGAGUAGAGCCAGAGUUGGUCGUUUGGAGCCUCAUACUCUGCCUGGUCGGCCGAGCUUGCAACAUAUUUCCUCUUGCGAUACUUGUCAACAAGUUCCGCGAGCACAAGAUCACAAAGCGAAUGCAGUUCAUCAUGUGGUUCAGUGGUUUGAGGGGAGCGAUUUCUUACGCUUUGUCACUACAUUUGGAGUUCAGUGAUGAGACGAGACAUGUUAUAAUCACUACUACACUCAUCAUUGUUUUGGUAACAACCCUCAUCUUUGGUGGCUCUACUAUGCCUUUGAUGAAGUUUUUGCAAGCUAACAAGAAAAAGACUCUGAUCGGAAAACGUAGGAAGCACAAGAAGGAGAAAGCUUUGUCUUUGAGUAAGACGAGAGAAUGGGGGCAAGCUAUCGACUCGGAACAUCUUUCUGAAUACACUGAAGAGGAAACGAUGGAAGUGAACUUCCUUCAGUCGAGGAUAAGAGGUUUUGCCAAGUAUGAUCUGAAAUAUUUCAUCCCCUUCUUCACUCGCAGGUUCACCCAACAGGAGUUGAAGGACUGUAAGACGCAGAUGAACGAUUUGACACAACAGUGGUACCAAGCUAUCCGCAUCUCUCCUAUGGAAUCGGAGGACGACCACACUCACGGACAAAGUUGACAUAAGAGAACAGAACCGGCGUAAAUCUGCUAGUUCACCUCAACAGUAUGAGUACCUAGCUAUGGUGACUGUUUACGUCGUUGUCUCGUUGUAACUAAGCCGUUCAAUGUUUCAUGGUGCUAAUGUUUACGUAUAAUGUGUAACAUGGAUCGCAACGAUAGAAUGCUGUGUGUCUUUAAAAAGGCAGUAGUUUUUUAUGAAAGUUACAUUUUUAAUGGAUUGACAGAAUAUAUUUUGACCACGCACAUUGGUGUGUCUUUCUUAACACUGUUUGGAAAUGUAGUUUUGUGGUUUAAGCUGUCAAUGGGAUGUUUGUAUGAUUUGUGAGAUCAAAAUGAGUUUGUUUCUAUUUAUUGGAAGAAAUGGUUGAACAAAAUAGUUUUGUGUAAGCCAAGCUUGAUCAAUAAAAGACCAAGAGCCUGCUAUAAAAAAUAUUCCAUUUCACUCUUCUGAUAUUUGAAUAGCUCUUCACAAAAAUAUAAAUCUACCUCUCAAAAACCCAUCAGUAUAGAAUUCCAAAGAUUUUUUUAGAAAAGUAGUAGGCUGAUCUGAAUGUAAAAGAGUAUCCUAGCACAAGACACUUUUAACUCUACCCAACCAUUACAAUAUUUUACUUAUAAAAUAAUAAUGAUCGUAAUAUUUUCAAGGGUACUUUGAUUUGGAAAGAAAGAUGUCUUCAUGUCCAUCGGUGGGCUGGAAUAUCAUUGACCAUGAGAAUGUGGAUAUUUAUAGGCAUGAUCUGUGGAUGUGAUACUCUCUGGUGUGGAUUAACGUCCGCACUAGUGAGUACUACAACUGUAUGCAGUACUAUUUUGAUAUUUAGACCAAUUCGUAAAUUACCGUACAAGGCAAAAAUGUGGUCCGGAUUCCAAUAUAAACUGUAGGUUCCUUAGUUUCCAUUAGCUGUAUUGGCUAUUAAUUAACAGCUGUGUCUAAGGUUAGUCACUAACAAUACUACAAGAUAGCGCCACUCAUCCUUCUCUUAUCUCAAUUCCUACUUGGCUUAAAAUACCUACCUUCAUAAUUAUGGUCGCCAUUUCAGUUAAAAGUAUUAAAAGUAAUGAUUUAAAAAAAUCUGUUUAAUGCCUAAUCUAAUAAAACAAUUACACACUUUCAAAAUACAGCUGAUUUAUACCAAACAGCUGUUUUAUCUCUGUUGUACAUGUCCAAAAAUUCCAUUCUUGUGUAGGAUGGGAGAUUCAUUUAUAUUAGUUUCUUUUGUUCAAUUGUAGUUUGUGUACACUUUAUUUAAUUUAUUUAAUUAAACAUUUAUGAAUGCUAUCAUCGGCUCUUGGUUUAUGAGUGUGAAUGUUUGAGAUUAAAUGAUUGAUGAGCGUAACAAAUGAUUAACUGUUGUAAAAAUGCUUUAGGUUUCUACAUAGUGAUCUGUUUAUUUAACUUCAAACUAAAAUCAAGAGUUAAAGCUGUGCGGUUUUUAAAAACAUAACAUAUUUAUUUGUUUAUGACAUUGAAUUGCUGAAAUUUACUUUAGGGUUACAAAUAACUUUUAGCCUCCUGUAUACAGAAUUUGUGUGUGGAUAUUUUAAAGAAAUCCGUGUAUCGCCAAAUGCCGAAUCACUAAACCAUUAGACUUAUUUUUUAAAUACAGUAUUUUAAAGGAAGUCUUUAAAUAUUCACCCAAAAUUUUUAUAAUAAAAAAAAAAUUAAUAAAUAUACAUGAUCUUUAAUGUUUUUUGUUUAGUCUGAACUCUAAAGCCUACCAAUAGAGUAGUUAUUAAAGUUUUUGUUAAACAAGUAUUUUUCUUUUUGUAUAGUAUUUAUAUGUGAGAUAUAUUUAUAGUUAAGUAUGUAUGUUUAUAACAACGGUUACCUGUUAUUCGCUUACCAUUUAAGGUAUUUAAAACUGCACAAUGGUUUUUGAAUCUUAGAUUCGCAGCACAGAAUUUUAAGAUUGAUUAUUUAUAUAGGUGAUCGUCAUAGAUGAAUCGUGAGCCAAUAGAUCAUAUUUUGAAUUCUAGUUUGAAUUCUAGGUUGGCUAGUGCACACAGUAAUUAUAGGAAAUUUAUAAAUUGUCUUGACAUUUUAUGCUUGUAGAUAUUUCCUUAUCUACUUUAUUCAGAGUGAAAUUGUUGUCUAAUAACUAAACAAAAAUUGAAGUACAGUAUUACAAUUGUUUGUUUGUUCCUACUGUAAUGUUUCUUCAUAACUUCUAGUUUAUUUAAGAAUUAUUUAAUAGAUUUACAGGUCCUUACUUGGUUGAAAAAAUACUUGUAAAUUUAAGUUUACAACAUGUAUGGUUAAUUUACUAACUGACAGAAUUACAUUUUGUUACCAUUAGAGUAGUAUUGCUUUAUAAAUAUUAUUUGUUUUACAGUAGAGUCCCGCAAACUCGGCACUCGAUAACCCGGCAGUCUGGAUAACUCGGCAAUCACCUGGUCAGAUAAUUAGUGAUUUUUUGAGUCCGAGUUAAACAUGGACACAAGCCAGCUCAAGUAUAAUCAUUUGCAACUCGUACUAAGGAUUUGUUGUACUAUAUUUGAUGACUUAAUACUGACUUGUAAUAUAAAUUUAAUUUUCAAAAGCGGUUAAAAACCUCAAAAAUUGUAUUGUCUUUAUUUUUAACUCUAGUUCUCGAUAACCCGGCAUUUCACAAACUCGGCACCCUUCCAGUCCACAUUACGCAGAGUUUGCGGGACUCUACUGUAUUACUAUUGUAUAUUUCUAAUCUAGAGACAUUAUGUUUGUCGAGGGAACAGUCGAAACCCUAGGUUUGUGACUGUUUAAAGUAUAUAAGUUAGAUUGAUAUUAGAUUACCUUUGUUGUUGUAUCCUGUAGUUAUUGAGUAGGCCUAGGUAAGAUGUUUGUUGUUGCCCCAAGAACUACAGGAUACAACAACAAAGGUAAUCUAAUAUAAUUGAAGUUCUUCAAACUGGGAUGUAGAGUAGUAGUUAGAGUUAUGUGAUCCGCUAAAACUCUAUUAUACAAUUAUAUUAUGAGCUAGUCAUUUUUUGUGAAGUAUUAUUGUAAAUUUGUCCAAGUAAAAGUAAGUUUAUCUUCA